UCAUACCUCAUACCAUAUGAUUCCAUUUACAUAAAGCACAAAAAAACGGGCAAAAGGAAGAUAAGGUUUUGGAAGUCAGUAUAGUGGAUUCCUGGAGGCAUGAGGAAGGCUUCUGGGAGGCUGGUAACUUUUUGUUUUCUUUAUCUGGGUGUUGGUCACAUAGGUGUGUUCAUAUUGCCAAAACUCAUCAAUUUUGAUUUGUGUACUUCUCUGUAUGUAUAUCAUACUUCAAGAAGAUUUAGCAAAACCAGAAUAAAGGCAGCAGUGACCCUAGACCCAAGACAUGAAUACAGAUACGCCACACCUCUGACUUCACUGUCCCUGGAAUUUUGGAUUUCUAGUGAUAAUUGAGAGGGUGUCAGACUGACCUGGAGAAACUGCAGAAUACGGCUGGUGCUAUUGCCCUCAGCACAGACAUCCUCAAUCCUCUGACAGCAACAAGCUGCCUGUAAAACAUCAGUAUUCCAGGGACUUCACCAGCCUAUAAAAUGUGACUCUCCGUCCUGGCUGGGCACUCUAAGCCAUGGCUGACACCAUCUUUGGUAGUGGGAACGACCAGUGGGUUUGCCCCAACGAUCGGCAGCUCGCCCUGCGAGCCAAGCUGCAGACAGGCUGGUCUGUGCACACCUACCAGACAGAGAAACAGAGGAAGAGCCAAUGCCUCAGCCCAGCCGAGGUGGAGGCCAUCCUGCAGGUCAUCCAGAGGGCAGAGCGGCUGGAUGUCAUGGAGCAGCAGAGAAUUGGACGCCUGGUGGAGCGGCUGGAGACCAUGAGGCAGAACGUGAUGGGGAAUGGCCUUUCCCAGUGUCUGCUCUGUGGGGAGGUACUGGGCUUCCUGGGCAGCUCAUCAGUGUUCUGCAAAGACUGCAGGAAGAAAGUCUGCACCAAAUGUGGAAUUGAGGCCUUCCCUGGCCAGAAGCGGCCUCUGUGGCUAUGUAAGAUCUGCAGUGAGCAGAGAGAGGUCUGGAAGAGGUCAGGGGCCUGGUUCUACAAAGGGCUCCCCAAGUACAUCCUGCCACUGAAGACCCCCAGCCGGGCUGAUGACUCCCACUUCCGACCUUUGCCCAUGGAGCCCACGGAGCCAAAGCCCAGAAGCAUUGAGACUAGUCGCAUCUACACAUGGGCCCGAGGGAGAGUGGUUUCCAGUGACAGUGACAGUGACUCGGAUCUCAGCUCCUCUAGCCUGGAGGACCGACUUCCUCUGUCGGUGGUCAAGGAGCCCAAAAGUGACAAACCCUACAGUGAACCAGGUGGCAGUGUGGAGUCCCCCAGGAUGGGGCCUGCCCGCCGGCCCAGCCACCUCUCAGGAAGCCAGAGCAGCCUGGCAAGUGAGACUGGAAUGGGCUCUGCAGACCCACAACUGGGCCCCCAUCCUGGCCAGACCCAAAGGGCCCUAGCAAGAAGCACACCUGGACAAUCCCCCGCUGCUGACAUGGCCUCUGAAGCUCUGUCCGCCGGCCCUGGCACGGGCCCGCUUGGUGCAGGGCGCAGACGUCCCAGUGGAAGAGUUCGAGGGAGAAAGCAAGCUGGGUGGGUCUGGGGAGCGGUGUUGGAGCCCUCAGUGGACCAGCCCUGUUAGACGUGACCUCAGACCCAGCAAACCAGUGUUUGGGGGUGCUGAGUCUCCUUUCCGCCCACUCAGUGCCUUUCUGCACCCUUCUGUUCUGGGAGGCACCCCCCACUGCCACAACCCUCAGCCAUGACCUUUAUUUAUUCUCUACCACUCGCCUCCGCACCCUCCCCCAGGCUACCUCCACGUUCAUUUUAGGUUUGCCCUUGUCCUGGGUUGGGCCAGAAGGGCCUGCAGCCCCAACUCAGGGGGCCCUCCCAUAUGCACUGCGGUUUCGGAGGACACUGGACUGGGCUUUCUCCAUAUUUGUAUUAAUGGAAGAAGAAUCCAUCCCUGAACAUUGCCCUUCCAGGCUGAACUUGGCCCCGAGAGAUGAGCAGCAGAUCCUAGAGAGUGAAGCUCACCUGCCCUUUGCUCAAGACUGGCUCAGGAGCAGUAUCCAGACCUGGCUCUCACUUGGGUUCCUUGUGGAACCCCUCUCACAGUCUCCCCAGGCUCUGCUCAGCCUCUCCCCAGCUUGUGGAGUGGGGAAGGGUUCUGGUGGAUACUGUGAGUUCACUCCUUGAAGAAUAGCCUUCUGCUGCAUCCCCAGGUGGGGUGCAAGGCCCCCCGAAGCCUUUAAUUCACUUCUCUUCAGUAGGUUUGAUUUGGCAUGAAAAAUAAUUAAUUCAGCAUGUGAGCAAAUGCUUCUGGAAAAUGAAGACAGACAUUGAAAGAGAUUGAGAAUGUGUGUGUGUGUGUGUGCGCGCGCGUGCAUGCGUUUUGUGUCCAUAUCUUUUCUUCCUGCCCCUCAUCCACCACCCCUCAUACCUGGUCCUUGAAAGUCCUCUCUGGGCUCUCAGGCCCCCACCAUUAGUUUUUUGGCUCUUGCCACUGGCAGAUGGUAAAAAGACUGUUUUCCCUGUGACAAGUUAUGCUUCAGAAUUCUAACAAUAAAAAUUAAAAUUUGCAUUGAACCAGUGUGCUGAUCACACUGCAGUCACUUGUGUUUCCGAGAUGCAUCGAUAGACAAAUGGAUGGAAGAGAAUGUUGUAUGUUGACCACUGGAGCACUCUCUGAGCCACAGUGAAAGGAAUGAGCUCGGUCUCCGUGUGGUA